UGCAACAGCUAUCCCACUUCGUACACAUCGAUAAAGUGUUGGGCCUGUUUCAAGCGAUGACGGCUGCUUUAAAACAAUAACACCGGGCGUUAAUGGGUAAAAUGUGGUCUAUAAUCGAUCCCGUGGUUGGGUUCUCGCGAGGAUUGUUUCCCGGAAGUGGAGGUGAACACACAACAUAGCAACAAUCUUCCGUCGGAAAAAGAGAGGAAAUAUAAAAAAAGAAAGAAAUGCAUAAACUGUCAAAUCUCGAUACAUUUGGUCUCGCAAUGACGACGUGAUUGAUGUAACGUAGGUCCCAUUGCCCGACUUUUAACACUAAAACGAGUCAAUGACUUCUGCCUCGACAGCUUGAAUAUUUUACUGACGUACUAAAAUGUGGCUUAUUUUAUGUAUCAUUCAAUAAACUGCUGGUGUUAUUUUGGCGAAAAGCCACACGUAAUUGGACGGUUGAGCUUGUACGGGACGCGGCGGAGGCGGAGGGACACCGAGCUCAGUAGCGGUGAUGUCAUUGGUUGCUAGGUGAAAGUGUCCAUGAUGCUUCUCACUAAGAUGCUUGUUGCUCAGACUACUACUCGCCCGCCACGCUGCAAGUACCGCACCACGUCGUCGUCUGCGCCGAGCUGGCACUAUGGCUUUUUGACUUUUACAAGAAGUUGUAACCGAGAAGACGCCGUGCUUUGCUUUGGCAACGCACUCCCAAGCUCUCUAUACUAUUUCUCUGCAAGAAUGGAGUUUCACUAUGCCCACCCAGCCCUGCUCUCUGAGGCCCAGCUGUCAGACCGCGACUGCCCCCAGCGCAUGCUCCGACUUGGACUGAACCGAAGCGCCGAUGGACAGAAUGAUGAUAGCGACACCGGCUCCUGUUUGGAAUACGCUUCGUGCGUGCCAGGCAGACCCCCUCGCUCUCUCUCACCCACAGGCUAACCGCAGCCAAUCACAGGGGUGCAGGGGGGAGGUGUCAGAGGGGAGUCAGCACUUAAUUGGUGAUGGUCUCACCGACUGGAUGACGGAAGAAGUGGACUUCUCCUCGUACCUCCCGAACCCUCCCUCCCCUCCUACCUCCGCCAAUGCCUCUCUCCCCCCGUCACCCCUUCACAAUGAUAUCCAUGUGCCCUCUGACUUAGAGGUUAUGACCUCUCUGCUGCAAGAGGAACUCGCCCAACUGGAAGACUACUUCCUGUCUGAGCCACUGCCGGAGAAAGGUCCGAGGCCGGGGAAAUACGACCGGGCUCCUCCGGUGACGGGUCCUCAGGCGUUCAGUCAACCGCCCUAUGCAUCGUACUCCGCACCCAGCCAAUCGGAAUCCAGCCCAUUUCUUCUCACUCUGGCGAGCGGAGAACUGGACUUGCUCGGCGUGUGUGGCGGGCCUGUAGCGCGAUCUAAAAUUCCCAGGCACACCCCGUAUAGCUGCGGUCGCCCCAGCCCGUGCGUUAGGAAAAGAAUCCCAGACACGGUGAGGUUAAGUGAAAGUUAUGACAACAGUUCAAGUUCCAAAGCAAGCAACUCAGGUAACUCGGCACUCACUUAUUGCUGUGUGGAAGAGGAGCAGUUAGUCGGCAAAGGCUACUGUCUGGGCAGUGCGGUCGAGCUCCGAAAAUGCGCCAUUCUCGCCAAAGACGAGAAAAACUGCUGCUUCAGUCACAACGCAAAGGUCGCCGCCGGCGGGGGCGGAUGCCAUUUUGGCGCAUCACUUGACGACUCGCCAAAGAAAGAAGAUCUGCUGAUGUAUAGCAUGAGAGAGGUGAGUGGCGGCACCGCUAACAGCGAGGUGCUCACCAGCAUCAAAGCUGGUGUGGAGGUGACAAAAGCGACAGUUUCUUGGAAAGCCCAGAGCAGUGAAAGUUGUUAUCUUUCUGGAACACCCCAGUCUGAGACCUAUCAUAGCUUCUUCACCGAGCAGGUCAAAGCGGAGAAUCUGCAGAUAGGGCAGCAUGACUUGCACUGUAAUUUCCUGGAGGAUCCGGGUCCAGAGUGUCUUCUGAUGGCAAGGGACAGUCUGAACUUAGAAUCUUGCAGGUUGAAGGAAGACCACUGUGCUGUGAAAUACCAAUUUGAUGUCAUUCCCGCAGAAGGCAGAGGAGAGCGCAAACAGAAGAAGAGAGAUCAGAACAAAACAGCUGCUCACAGGUAUCGCCAAAGAAAAAGGGCGGAAUUAGAUUCUUUGGAAGAACAGCUGCAUUGCCUGGAAGGGAGGAACCGUGAGCUGCGGGACAAGGCGGAGUCUGUAGAGCGUGAAAUCCAGUACGUCAAAGACCUCCUGAUCGAAGUUUACAAGGCCAGAAGCCAAAGGCUAAAGCAGGACACAACAGGAUAACCCCAAAGUCAGAGCAGGGAAGUUGUGAAGCUUUCAGUGUCAUUUUGAUUGUCCGGGAUAGAAUUUUGCUUUUCUUUUCUUGAAUGAUGAGUGUGUGUUUUAGUCAUCACAAAACAAGGCAAUGGUAGUAACAUUGCUGUCACACUCCACCUCUUGAGGCCAGCCAGCAAUGCUGUAAUGACAAUCAUCUUCAUGCUGUGUUACUCGUACUUAUUUGAAGAAAAAAAAACAACAACCAAACGUUGAUGAUGCGAGUUUAAGAUUUUACUAGCCUUACAUUAGAAUUGAUGUCAACGGUAAAUCUUUUUUUCCCUGUUCAAUUUCCUUUUCAACGAUUUUCUGUAGAAAAGAUGAAUGCCUCAAUUUAUUCAUUCAAACUUAAAAAUGUUUCUACUGCUCUUUUUUCAAUGAUAUUUGUCUUCCUAUCAAUAUUUUAAACAACAGUAAUUGUUUUGGAAUAUGAAUUGACCUGAAUGAUACUAUUCAUCAUUUGAACCCCAAAAAAUGCAGUAUACUUUUUUCAUGUUUAAUAUUAAUACAUAUGUUUGAUUUUAUUGCAGUGUUUUAUUCUAAAUAAUAUUGUUUUCAAAAGUUAGAGGGCACUUAUUGAUUUCAGCUUUAAGGCAGCACUACUGAAUAACAUUUUAUUGUUCGGAGCAGGUACAUUUUCCCGUGUCUGUUACACUUUUGUUUGAUUUUUAUUUUUGUAAUUUUAUGAUUGUUUAUAUUGUAAAGACAUGUCGAUAUAUAUGGCAUAUCCCCCCCCCCCCCCCCCCCCCCCGAUCAUAUCACAAAUAAUACAGUAUAUUCACGCAGCUCAGGAUAUACAAUUUGCUCUCCAAUCAAUCAUAUUGCCCUUUGAUGCUUAGUGACAGAAGAGGAAAAUAUUCAUGCGUCUUACAUGUAACCUUAAAGAUAUUCCACAUAAGCCUUUUUUGUGAGUUAUUGUAACUACAUUUUUGCUGCAUGUCUUUCUGAAAGAAAAAAAAAAGGUACAUUUUGGGAUGAAUCAGGAUUCUUAUUAACGCAAUAUGUCUCAUGAGCCUCAGGCUAAUCUGCACUAAUUUAUACAAACUUUUAUAUGUUAAGCGAAUAGAGUGUAAUAGUCCUCGCUUUGUAGCAAAUUAAAUGAGAAAAGCCUUGUUAACAAUGAGCCUGCAUGCGUAAUUUUGAUUUCCACUGCUGGCAGAAUAGAUUCUUACUGGGCAUAUUUUCCUAUGCAUUUAUUUAAAGACAAUCUUGAAUAUAAGCUUGGAUAUUAUUUCUUCGAUUCCACAAAAUCCCAUAGCUUUGCGUCCCUGCUGUGUACGAUCAAGUCGAGUCGGUGCCAACGUGAUACAAUAUUAGAUCAAAAAUGUUCUUAUUUAAAUUCCAUUUCAUGAUCAAAUCAGUGUAGUUGUCUAUUAUUGAUUUUUUUUCCUGUUGAAAAUAAAAGUGUGGCAUUGCAA